AUGGGCAUGAGCUACCGUCGUUACCUAUCCGGUGAGCGCAUCUACGGAUGCUCGACCUGCAAGACCCAUCUCGCGACAAUCCACAGCAUGAUGUCUCGGGCGUUCAAUGGCCAGCACGGUAGAGCCUACCUCUUCGAUGGCGUUGUUAACGUUAUCGAAGGCGAGCCGGAUGACCGUGCAAUGACCACUGGCAACCACACCGUCCGUGACAUCUAUUGCGUUAAAUGUGGCACAACUCUAGGCUGGAAAUACGAUAAAGCCUAUGAGCAGUCCCAGAAGUACAAAGAGGGCAAAUACAUACUCGAACGGAACCUGCUUGUGGACGUGCAGUAG